GGAGAAUAUGCAAAUGAAAAUAAUUUCCCUACCCCUGCCUCUAUUUAUUGAAAUAUCAGAAACAGAAAAGCCUAAAUUUUUCAUUCGCUGAAUAUUUCUUUCAGUUAAAGGUAGAGAUUUGGCUCUUCCCAAGUGAUCGCAUAAAAAAAAGAAAUUGGGCCUAUUUAUUUAUGCUAAAUGCCUUGAUUUAAAAAAAAAAAAAAAACUUGUGCUAUCUUUGUGACUCACCUCAAAUCUAACAUUAUUUGUUGACUGUUGUACAGAGAACAUUUAAAUUUGAGUAAAUUGUAUCAUAUGAUCUUGGUAAUAUGUUGGUAAAUUAAUAGAGAAUAGAAAAAAUUUUGAUUUCCAUAUGAUUAUAGAAAACGAGAAAAAAAAAAAUAUAUAUCUGAAAUUUUUAAUCGUACAACCUUCAAGAUGCUUAGAUUUCUGAACCACCGUGCUCUUAGAUUUCGUCCUACAUCAAGCGGUUUCUUGUUCAAAAGUAGCAACACGCAAGAACAACUUGAAGUACUCAGGAGAAAACUCAAGACAAUGAAAGCACUAAAGGCAACUGUAGAAGCAGGAAAGGACCAAAUAAAACCUCACGUUCUGCAGGACUCUUUAAAUUAUGUAAACAGCAAGAUCAAAGAUAUCGAGGAAGCAAUGGAAUCGUUAGAGAAAAGGGAUUAAUGAAGAAAAGGAUAAAGGAAGUGUGUACCUGAUGAAAUGCAAUAAAGUUUUGUAUUUAAUUUUAUUAAAUAUUCUCAAAUGUACCGGUGAUAUUAAGAUUUAUUUAUUUUUGUAAUCAUGCUCUUUGGCGAUAAAUAUAGUAAACAUUAUAUAUUUACACUCCAAUUUUAUAAAUAUAUAUACAUUUGCCUUUUUGACGAUGGCGUACUUUGAAUUUAAAUAUCUCAAAUAGUUUUUGAGUUACUGUUUGUUAUUCAAUAAAAACGUGACCAC